CCUCAAUUUGACUGCAGCCUCGAUGAGUGGAUUUCAGGUUAUUUGCUGGAUUUGCAGCAGUAUUUGCAGGGAGUAUGGAGCUGUGUCAGAUCGUCGUCACAAAUUUCGUUCAUCGUUAUUUAUCUUGUCGCGAACGGAGAUAAUUGCAACGACCGAUUGAUUAAGACGACAGACCGCAUACCAAUGGCUAUCUUUUCCCAAGCUGUGGUUUUCAAUAUUGCUAUGCAUUCAACUCUCUGAAAAAGAUAGACAAGGCCCUAUCGAUUGCCUCUUUGCCAACCGCAACAAUGUAUCAGGUUAUAAGAGGAUUUAUACUAACGGACUCCCGAUGCUGGGAUCCCGACAGUCAAAGGUCAUACCAGGACCUGUUCGAUAAACUGGACACCAACAAGGAUGGGAAGGUGGAUGUUGCCGAAUUGAGAGCAGGUCUAACCGCAAUGGGCAUAUCAUUCCGCAAAGGUGCAGCGCAGAAAAUUGUAUCGUCCGGUGACAAAAACAAAGAUGGAGGGCUUGACUUCAACGAGUUCAACAAAUAUCUGAAAGAGCAUGAAAAGAAACUGCGCCUUACGUUCAAGAGCUUGGACAAAAACAACGACGGGCGCAUCGAUGCCUCUGAGAUUAAGCAGUCCCUUGAAGAGCUGGGCAUGGACAUCACCCAGGAAGAGGCCCAGACCAUCCUACAAAGCAUGGACAUCGAUGGUACCAUGAUGGUGGACUGGAACGAGUGGAGGGAACACUUCCUGUUCAACCCUGCCCAUAACUUGAACGAGAUCGUACGCUACUGGAAACACUCCACGGUGCUGGACAUAGGAGAGAGCAUUGCCAUCCCUGAUGAGUUCACUGAGGAGGAGAAGACCUCGGGAGGCUGGUGGAAACAGCUGGCUGCCGGGGCGAUGGCCGGGGCGGUCUCUCGCACAGGCACCGCCCCCCUGGACAGGGUGAAGGUCUUCAUGCAGGUCCACUCCUCCAAGUCCAACCGGAUCACCCUGUUGGGAGGAUUCAAACAGAUGAUUAAGGAAGGGGGCGUGGCCUCACUAUGGCGAGGGAACGGGAUCAACGUGUUAAAGAUCGCCCCUGAGACCGCUAUCAAAUUCAUGGCCUACGAACAGUAUAAGAAGCUACUGACACCAGAGGGAGAGAAGGUCCAGACCUACCAGAGGUUCAUGGCUGGCUCUCUGGCAGGCGCCACGGCCCAGUCGUCCAUCUACCCCAUGGAGGUCAUGAAGACCAGACUGACUCUGGGGAAAACUGGCCAGUAUAAUGGAAUGUUUGACUGUGCCAAGAAGAUUCUGAGGAAAGAGGGCAUCAAAGCCUUCUAUAAAGGCUACACUCCCAACAUGAUAGGCAUCAUUCCCUAUGCUGGGAUCGACCUAGCUGUUUACGAGAGCCUGAAGAAUGCCUGGUUGUCCCGCUAUGCCAAAGACACGGCCAACCCUGGCAUCCUGGUGCUGUUAGGAUGUGGCACCAUCUCCAGCACGUGUGGCCAGCUGGCCAGCUACCCCCUCGCCCUGCUCCGCACACGCAUGCAGGCGCAGGCAACUCUGGAUGCGUCAGACAAGUCCACCAUGAGUGGGCUAGUGAAGGGGAUCCUGGCUAACGAGGGGUUCUUUGGACUCUACCGGGGUAUCCUGCCCAACUUCAUGAAAGUCAUUCCUGCUGUGAGCAUCAGCUAUGUGGUCUACGAAUACAUGAAGACCGGCCUGGGGAUCUCAAAAUGAGGAAUGAUCCAUCUCCGAAUGAUGCAGGGAUCGUGAAAUAGGUUGUUAGAUCGUUAGAUCUUUUAGACAGUCAACCAGAUUUAUGUUGCACAUAGACUUCUAUGUUCUCGCGUAGCCAAACAUCGAGAUCAUUUUCGCUCUGCGAGGAGAAGCUAAGGCUAGUUCAAACUGGGCCAUAUCAGUAAACUCCAAAAAUGACAUUCACCCCUUUAACGCACAGCGAUAUGAGACAUAUCCAACACAAAAGAUGGUGCAAUAUAACUGAGAAGAACUGCAUUAUGGGUCUUACACUGUAUAAGGGGAAAGGAGAAGGUAGUCAGGUGAACACUGUUGAGAGCUUUGUCUAAAGUAUUUUCUGUUCAUCUUUAAUAUGAAGUACUCCAUGUGCCCGUAAGCCAUUACAUUACUAUUUAAGUGUGCCUUACCCUCAGUUAAAUAUCAUAAUUGUAUCUUUUAUUUGGUUGGUUUUUAUUGAUGUUUUUACACUUUCAGUGUAAUUUACAACAGUCUCAAUGCUAUGUUUUUCAUGUGUUUUUCCCCCAUAUGUAUUUCCAUUGUUGUUCUUGACUGUUAAGCUGUAUCCCGAGCAAAAUAUUUAGACUUACAAACUUGCAUGCAAAUGUUGCCUGUCAAUCAUGAAUGGAGCUGAGGGAAAGUCUUAAAAACGGAAAUUCAAUCUGCUAAUACUGGAAUUCAGAAUAAUCCCACCCGUGUCACACACACACACACACACACACACCUGCAGUUCAAUGCACACACACACAUACACACACGUGCAUGCCAUGCACGCAGUUAACAUUUAGAGUUAGACCAAUUGUUAUUAUGUUGCCUCAAUGUCUUAAUUAUGUUUGAGUAUGUAAUACUGUUAUACCUGAAUUGAUUGACAUUGUGAGCGAUGUAUGAAUGUUCUCACUGAGCUCACAAAACUUAGACUGAAAGAAAAGCAAUGCAUGUGUUAUGGGUCAAUACAAGUGUUUACAGACAGUUGUCCAAGAAUCAAUGUUGACAAUGGAAAGGAUUGGAGUGCUCCCAUUGCAAAGGCUAAACCUCUAUCUCAAAUGCUGUGUGCAUGGCGCCAUCUACUGGGCUUACAACAAACGCAGUGCAAGUUUGUGAAUGCUGUGUCGGUAAAUGAUGAAAUUGAAAUUUGUCAUUUCUAGAUGAUUCAAACUUCUUUUGACGUAAUCGAUCGAACGCGAUGAACCUGUUUGAAAUAAAACAAAACAGGAAA